GAGUCGAGUCGCUUUGUUCGCGAUCGAGCCGGCGUAUAUUUUGGACCGGGGUCUUUUUUUUGGUUUUUUUUUUCUUCCUUCUUCUUCUUUGCUUUUAUGUGGGAGUUAAUUUGUUUGUCUUUUCUUUUCUUUUUUGAUCUUUCAAAAAUCGGCACUUGCUUUCCUUGCUUCUCCUCUGACUGUAAAUUUUCUCUCACCCAGGUUUUCUUUUCUCUUUUCUUUUCUCUUUACCUUUUCUUUUUUACUUUCCGGUGGUUUGUUUCGGUUCGCAGCUUAUUCUUGGGGGAGGAGGGGGGUGGUAACCAACUAACUGGGGGGCUGAGGCGGAGCACAGAGGCGUAUGGCGGCGGUUUGCUUUCUUCGUUUUCUUCGUUUCUCGUACAGUUUUCUCUUGUGGCUUACUCAAGUACUGUAUGUAUGGUACUGGUUAUUGUUUGUUUAUAUGGCGAUAUGCCAGGUACUCUACUCAGGAAUGAAGGAAUAUCAUCCGGUCAAAUGGGGGUCAAAUGAGGGCUGAGUAGUGAGCACGCAACACACCGCAACGCAACGCAAG